UAGUCUGUGUCCUUCUACGUUUCCAAUUUCCUGACUAGUACUUCCGUGCGCGAUACAACCUGCUGUACGAAGAAGAGUCUAUGUCGCUUUAUACCUAUUUCUAGUAAUCGGAUUGUUACUUUGGAAAUGUUUUUCUAUGGUGAAGUAGCCAUCCAUGCAACCAGGGCUGGAAAUUAAAUUUGCCCACUCAACUGACCAUACGUGUCAAGUCUCACGGUUUACCUGUGAGAAUCAAGUUUUUUAAUCCGGUCUGCCCUCUCACGAUUGUGAGACGCAAAUCUCACGGCUCGCCAUGAACCCAAGCCCAACAAAUAGUGACGGUAGCCAGUCAAGUGACAAUCUGUUCUCAGUCUCUGAUACUGAAGUGGCAAUACUUACAAGUAAACUGACCACAGUCGUCCUUCCUGUGUUCUACAUCAUCGUGUGUGCAGUGGGCUUACCAACCAAUGCAAUGGCGAUUUGGGUGUUUAUCUUCAGAACUAAAAAGAAACACCCUACUUCUAUCUACAUGGCCAACCUGGCUCUGUCUGACCUGCUGUUUGUCGUCUGGAUCCCCCUAAAAAUUUCCUACCACUUUAAUGAGAAUAACUGGGUCCAUGGAGAGAAUCUCUGCAAAGUGCUUGCGGCUUUCUUCUAUGGGAACAUAUACUGCUCAGUAAUGUUCAUUACCUGCAUCAGUGUGCAGCGGUAUUUGGCUGUAAUCUAUCCCAUGUCUAAUUACAACAAGAAUAGCAAAAUUGCAGUUGCUGUUUCAGUUACAGUUUGGAUUGUAAUGUGCUCGGUGACAACUCCACUGUACCUCUAUGACCAAACAGUGGACAUCAACAAUCCUAGAAUCACCACCUGCCAUGACGUCACCAAACCUCAAGACAUAAAGAUUGCAAGUGGCUUCUUCAUGUCCAUGGCAAUUUUCACUUUUUCCAUCCCUUCAGUAAUCUCCAUCAUCGCUUAUGUUUUAAUACUUCGCGGUCUGAAAAAUUCCAUGUCUGAUGAAAAUAUCCGCAGGAAACGCCAAAAGACUGUCUACCUCAUCAUUGUCGUCCUUGUCAUGUUUUUGGUGUGCUUUGUUCCCAGCAACAUCAUGCUGCUUGUCCAGUAUGGGCUCCUCUUAAAUGACCAGGAAAAUACAGCCUAUGGCUUCUAUAUCAGCACACUGUUCUUAGCCAGCCUGAACUGCUGUGUGGACCCCUUUGUCUACUACUUUAUCUCUGAGGAGUUCCGGGAUCACGUGAGGAACGCCUUGAUCUGCAGGAGUGUGAGGACAGUGGAGAGAAUGCAGGUUUCCUUCACUGCUUUGAAGAUGAGGAGCAAAAGGGACACCUCAAGAUCUAACAAGUAGAGUAGUAGCUCCGGAGGGGACACACCUGCCUGGACACCUGUCAGUCAUUGAGUUUUUUAUAUAUAUAUUUAUUUAUUUUUGUAUAUGAUUUUUAUCGUUCUUUUUCCUUCCUGAAGAGGUUGUGUUUUUACAUUCUAGAGCAAAGGACCUCUGACAGCAGACUUUCAGAAAAUGUACAACCAUUCUUUAUUGAAGGAAAUAACAGCAUAUGCUUGUCAUUUGCCUUCUAGCCUCAGAUCAUGAGGUAUUCGCCUCACCUGGUGCUUCCUGGGUUUAUCAGAUAGUAUUACUGUGUUUUCUGUAAAACUCGGACUCUGCCUCUUUAAGACUUCAGUGCGUCUUGCUUUAGAUCAAGUUUGACACGUUCAUGCUUGUGUUGCCCGGUGUACAAUAUAAUAAAUUAUUUUAUGUUUUGAAAGUAA